AUGAGUAACUACCAGCAAGGCGGCCAGGGUUAUGGCACCUACAAUCCCUACGGACAAGCAGGAAAUCCCUACGCUCAGGGGGGCAAUGGCAAUGAAGCAUAUGGCAAUCAGGGAAACUAUAGUGAACGCCCCGAGCCCCAGCAACAAGGGAGCAGCUAUUACGCUCAAGAUGAACAGCGGCAAGGCGGUUACGAAAUGAGAAACAUGAACGGCGCCGACCCGAACCGGAUUCUCAAUGAAUGCCGGGCUGUCGAUCAAGCUAUCGAUGAAAUCGAGGCGGAUCUACAGCGUCUCAAGGGCCUCCAAGCACGAUACCUCGCAGACACCAAUACAUCCGCCCAAUCGCCGUUGCGCGUGGAGGUUGAUCGGACGGGAGAAACAAUCAUGACAAAGUACCGUGGUCUCGUCAGCCGCGUCAAGAACAUCAAGCACCAACCGGAGUCCGGGAACCCGCGCAAUGCUCCCCAGGUGGGCAAAAUUGAUCGAAGGCUGAAGACUGCGAUCAAUCAGUACCAACAAGUUGAGCGCGAAUUCCGGAAAGCGUCUCAAGAACAGAUGGCGAGACAAUAUCGGAUCGUCCGCCCCGAUGCCUCCGACGCGGAAGUGCGCGAAGCUGUUGAAGAUCCCAAUAACCAACAAAUCUUUUCUUCUGCCUUGAUCCAGAGCGACCGACGCGGUGAAGCACAGUCUGUCGCACGAAACGUCUCGCAACGUCACGAAGAUAUCCAGAAGAUUGAACGACAGAUGAUUGAGCUUGCCCAGCUCUUCCAAGACCUCGAGGCAUUGGUGGUGCAGCAAGAGCCCGCGGUCACCCAGAUCGAGGAGCAAGGCGAGCAAGUCGCAGAACAUGUGUCCAAGGCAAAUGUUGAGCUCGAGGGUGCGGUCGUCAAAGCCCGAGCUGCCCGCCGCAAGAAGUGGAUGUGCUUAGGCAUUGUCGUUCUCAUUAUCAUCAUUAUUGUUGUGGUCGUGGCGGUGGCUGUUACUGUUACGAAAAAUUAG